AUGAAUGUCCAAUCCCUCACCCAUCCGACUGAACGACCUCCCAAUCGCUAUGAUUCUCUCGGACUUCAUGGACAUCCGCAUGCGCCCUUUCGACCCAACGGCGGGAACAGAAGCACUGCCAACGGUCCUGGAGCAUCUGUCGUUCACGGAAAUGUGCACAUUCGCUCGGUCUCCUAUGGAGGUGUCCGUUCAGACUACGAGAAUCACCCUCCCCUCACCAAUAUACACAGCGGAAGUAGUGGCCAGAAGCGCCAGCGCACCAACAGUUGGGACGAUGAACUGUCACCACCAUCCUCUCCUGACGGACUCCCUGCUCAGCACCGUCGUAGUGCUUCGCUCACCACCAGCUCUGAGCCACUCAAUCCCAUCCCUGCAUCUGCUGUGGCAGGCUUAGCUGACCAGUUCCAACUUGAUCAUGCGAAACGGACGCUACUGUUCUCGUUUCAUAAAGUGUGCGAGGGCCUCGCUUUUGCUGAUGCCAUGACUCGUGUCCUCACAUUCAGUUUGGAACUCCAGAAUGCGCAACGCAUUGCAACACUUGAAGCCAAGGUUGCGGCGUCCGCCGCUCAGCUCGAAGGCAUGGCGAAUGCAGCUAAGAAGGGAAAUGUUAUCACUCAGGCUAUGACUGACUACAUGUGCAAGCUCGCACGAGCUGCAUGCGUUGAGCCAGAUCGAACUGUAUUCAAAGACAUGUACAUUGACGUUUUAGAACAGUUCAAGAAGGAUGCACUUCACGAGGGAUGGCUCACGGACGCAAGCUUUGGACCAAAAAGCAAGGUAACAUCAGUCAUCAAGAACCAGUCUAAUGGUGCUCGAGAAUUACUUCGCCGUUCUUUAGGAGCUUCUAUCUUAGAGAAUGGCCCGUCAAGGAUGAACCUCCAAGCCUUCUGCUCCGUUAUAGCAGUCAAGUUUGGAGUCAAGAAAGAAGAUAUCAACGAUAAGUAUGUUGGCCGCAUUGCAUUGAUGCGUGCUUAUACCAUGGAAAGGGCCAAGAAGGGUGACGUCCAGAACGUCAAUGACGGUGCAGGGCCCGGUAACAGCGACGAGCAGCAACCAUCCACCUCCGCGACGAGCUCGAAGCCAGUUUCUCAAGCUGGCAAGACCAGUCCCGACGAACGCUUCUGGGUCGGAUUUGAGAAUUACCUUGCGAAGAAGGCGUCUGAAGUCAGGCAAAAGGGUCAGCGUUGGGCCGACUAUCUCAAGCAGGUUGGCCGCGACGACGAGAGAAUGUUCAAUCCUCCCGGGAUUGAGCAAAUGACACCUGACCAGCCUACCAUCGCCGCAUCAGAGCCACCACAGUCUGAACAUCACGUCUCUCAGAUGGUGGAUUCUCUAAUGCAGAAUAAUGCUGCUACGCGCUCCCAGUAUUCCGCGGCCGGAUUCUGA